CUCCGGGAAGGUCGAGACGCGGGCAGGAGGACCAGCAGGCCUUGGGCGGUCACGAUUCACGCACGAAGGCGAGGCGAGCCAGUCGAGGCGGUGGGUGGCGCGAGAACACCCGUCCCUUCUUCCCUGUGUGUGCGCGCCGUCGAGUCCGCUCCGUUGGCAGUGUCGCUUCCUCUGCGUGACAAGUACUCGAAGUGAAUGAAGUUUUCGAUCUCCGUGUUCGCAAACUUGUUGUGGAUGCCGUGUAGAUUCUGAAUAAGACUGGACAAACUCGAUAGCUAGAAAGCAAAAACGAUCGAAAAUACACGAGACUUUAUCAAUCCAAGGAUCUAAUGAUAUCAUAAGUGAACCCCAAGACGCCAAGAAGUAUCAGCUAUUGCAUUCUUGGUUACAGCGCAGCACCAUGGAGUAUCGACAGGCCGUGAGGCCAAGGAUCUCUGCAUAUACCUGGCUUCUUUUGCUUGCAGUCGCCUCAGCUGCAGGAGACUUGGAGCCAACUUUUGGACGAUGCUGCACUUUUGGGGCCAACUGGGCGAGGGAGUCUCAGCAGUGCGCCACCUUCCCCAUACCUGUAGCUGGCGUGCCCUCGGAACACCAGUCUAUCUGCAUCACAGCGGCUGGAAUCUGCUGCCUUCGAUACUACAGAGAUAAGCAGUGUCAGCAAGGCAAGCAAGCAGCUCAAGCAGGCCAAGAAUGCACAGCUAUUACAGACGAGGGCGGCGAAUUUUAUAAGGACUGCUGUGAUGGUUGCAAGCUUGGCCUAGUCAGUGGAAACAUGGGAAUGGGAUGCAACUCACGCUUCACAUUCGGAUUCCCUUGGGACACGGCCUAUUUCCACUGCUGCAACCAGGCAUCUGUUGCUGCUUCGGGUGUGUCAGAUCCUCAGCAGCCAGCGUAUGGGGGCGUCAGCAGCAGUGCUGUUGACUUCAAUACGCUUUAUCCGGGUGUCACCGACCCAGUUGGUUUAGUCCCAGAAUCAGAAGACCUCUGUGCUAGGUUCCCAGGGAAGUUGUGUGCGCAUGUGUGUGUCCCAACUCCAGGCUCUUACAGAUGCCAGUGCCGAGCUGGCUUUACUCUCUCGGUAGAUGGCAAGACGUGCAUCCAGGAAGCUGUUACUGAUAGAUGUCAAAUCAACAACCCCUGUGCCCACAUUUGCAGAGAUACAGGAAUAUCUAUUGAAUGCUUAUGUAAUCCUGGCUAUGCAUUAGCACUCGAUCAGAGAUCUUGUGAAGAUGUGAACGAGUGCAUCACUGGUAUCCACGGCUGUGUGGACGGAGAACAGGUUUGUUAUAACGAGAUUGGCUCCUACUCCUGCAUCAACGCUGACGGCUCCUUCUCCACCCCUGGUUCCUUGCAAGUGAUUGGUGGGCAUUCCAUCGGCAGCCUCACGGGUGAUGGCCAGAGGGGGUCAUCGCUGGGGUCCUAUGACUUGACAAGAGUGUCAGAACAGAGACAUUACUCUGCUUUGCCCGGAGGCAUUGGUUCUCAAGCGUAUCCAGGAUUAUUGCCUGAGGGAUACGAUAUCACCCAGCCUGAAGGACGCUGUCCCCGAGGCUAUAAGUUUAACCUUGAGACUAGGGUGUGUGAUGAUGUGGAUGAGUGCGAGGUCACAUCGGGUCUGUGUGGUCAUGGGGGUAUCUGCCAGAACACUAUUGGCUCUUACUCCUGCACACAAAUUCCGGGGGCCGACUGUCCCCCUGGUUUUGCUUUUGAUUUAAACCUUCAAUCUUGUUUGGAUGUGGAUGAAUGCAUACUUCAAACAGACAACUGCAACAGAACAUCGCAUUUUUGUGUGAACACUCGCGGAAGCUUCACUUGUCAGAAGAAAAGCGGGCCCACAGAGUGCAUCGCUGGCUAUAAGUACAGUUCUGAGCAGAAGAUUUGUAUAGAUGUGGACGAAUGCGACGAAAAUUUACAUGGCUGUGACCCGGAGAAGGAGCGAUGCCGGAACACCGACGGGGCGUACGAAUGCGACGAGAAAUGCGACGAAGGAUUCCAGUUCAACUUUGCUCUGAGAACGUGUGUUGACCAAGACGAAUGUGUGGACGAGCCCUGUGAUCCCGGUUGGCAGUGUCACAACACAAUAGGAUCUUUCCUGUGUCAUGAGCUGCCGAAAGCCUUCUGUCCAGCGGGAUAUAAACCCUCGAACGGCACCACUACACGCUGUGAAGAUGUAGACGAAUGUGUUGAAGGUCUGCAUACCUGUCAUCCAGAAACUGAAAUCUGCAUCAACGAGAUUGGCAAAUAUCGUUGUGAAGAACUCAGUAUCAAUGAAGUUGAUUUUGGUGUUAACCCAUAUGAAGCUCUUCCGCGAGCCACGUUUCAGCCACCAAUUCAGGAGUGUGCUGAAGGCUUUGGUUAUGAUCUUAACACAAAGAGAUGUCUUGAUGUUGAUGAAUGCGGGGCUGGCCUGCAUAACUGUACCUUGUCCAUCGAACGCUGUAUCAACACUUUAGGAGGCUUUAUAUGUAGACCAAGAAGAAGGUGUACUGCUGGAUUUGCUCUUGAUCCAGUCACUGGAAGAUGUAAAGACGUGGAUGAAUGCUUGGCUGGUGUGGCUAAGUGUCUUCCUGGGGAGAUCUGCAUCAACACCGAAGGAGCCUUUGAGUGCCGUGUUGAGUGUCAGGAUGGCUUCAGAUAUGAUCCAACAGACCCAGCGGUGUGUGUAGAUAUCAAUGAGUGUCUCGAGUCUCCAUGUAGACGUGGAACCUGGUGUGUUAAUACUGAAGGCUCUUAUAGAUGCACUCUUUCAACUACCACAACUGCUACAUCACCAGUUGUUACUACAAGUCCGGGACCUACUCCCUGUCCAGAAGGUUUUGGGAGAAAUUCAAACAAUCUACAAUGUGAAGAUAUUGACGAAUGCCUUGAUCGAGUUUGUGAAACAGAACAACAUUGCCAAAAUACCUAUGGCUCAUAUAUAUGCAUUUGGCCCCCAUGUGAUGAAGGUUACCGCAGGGAUCCGAAUACCAACGUCUGUCGUGAUAUUAAUGAGUGUGAUGAAGGAAGUGACACAUGCCAAAUUGGUGUAGAAGAAUGUGUCAACACACAGGGAGGCCACACAUGUCGACCAAAACCAUGUCCAAUUGGAAGGAAAAGGGACCCCUCGAACCCUAGACGUUGCACCGAUAUCAAUGAGUGCGAGACAACUCCCUGCGGUCCAGAGGAGCAAUGCAUUAAUACAUUUGGGUCUUAUCAGUGCCGACGCCUGGCCCCUUGUCGCCCAGGCUUCAGGAGAAAUAGCGAAAGCAGGCAGUGUGAAGAUGUUGAUGAAUGUGAAGAAAAUGACCCCUGUGAGGAAAAUGAACGUUGUGUGAAUACGCGAGGAAGCUAUAGGUGUCGCACUCUUGAAUGCAGUACAGGAUAUCAACGUGACAUAUUUGGACGCUGCAGAGAUAUUAAUGAAUGUGAGACUGGGGAACAUAAUUGUCAAGCUUUCAAAGAGGAAUGCAUCAACACACUAGGGAGUUUCAGAUGCAAGAUUCUGCCAAACUGCACACAAGGCUUUAUGAGGGAUCCAAACACCCAAAAAUGUGUUGAUGUUGAUGAGUGUAAGGAGGGGACACAUGAUUGCCGUGGUGGCGAGAGAUGCUACAACCAGUAUGGUCAUUAUACCUGCAGCGGCUCCCCAGCUGAAUGCACAAAAGGGUUCAGGUACUCUUCAUCAGAUAGACGGUGUCAUGAUAUUGACGAGUGUGCGGAAAAUAUUGACUCCUGUGAAUGGUCCACUCAAACAUGUGUCAACUCUGUGGGCAGUUACAGGUGCAUCGAUCAGCAGCCAACAUGUGACUUUGGCUAUAGGUAUGACCAUGAACAGAGGGCAUGCAUAGAUAUAGAUGAAUGCCGUGAGAAAAAAGAUGAUUGUGAGGAUGGUCAGUACUGUGUUAACAUUUUGGGGUCCUAUCAGUGUCACACCCAUGGAACUGCUAGCCAGACAUGCCAUCCUGGAUUUACUUUCAACAGAACAGCAAGAGUGUGCAUGGAUAUUGAUGAAUGCUCGGAGGGAAUUCAUGAUUGCUCAGCAUCAGAGGAAUGUGUCAACCGGAGAGGGGAUUAUGCUUGUCGCCCAAAAGAGGAAGUGUCCAAUUCUGUAACCACAGUUCCAGGCAGGGAGAGCUCUGACACUAAUGAAUCGGAUCAAACACAGGAGUCUGGAGGCAGUGGCAGUAGUAAAAGACUUCGCUGCCAAAAUGGCUAUCGUUACAAUAGAAGACGGAGGGUCUGUGUAGACAUUAAUGAAUGCGAAGAAGGUCGAGCUAUUUGCAACAAACUGUCAGAGGUCUGCAUUAAUACCAAGGGUGACUACUGGUGUGCACCUGCACAUAAACCAGUGCGUGCCACAACAUCCUCUACCACAACCACCACCUCUACCACCACAACCACAACCACCACUCCUGCCCCUCCACCCCUUCCUCCUCGUCCUCAAGCUCCUCAGUGUCCACCUGGGACAUUAUAUAAUACAGCAUAUAGAAGCUGUAGAGAUAUUGAUGAAUGUAAUGACAACCCAUGCAGAGAAUUUGAGGUUUGUGAAAAUACCCAAGGUUCAUUCAAAUGUACAUGCCGGGAAGGUUUCCAAAGAAGUUCAUCUACUGGUGAAUGCAUAGAUCUAAAUGAAUGCCAGCUUGGUUUACACAACUGCGAAACAACACAAAGAUGUGACAACACUAUUGGCUCUUAUGCUUGUAUACGCAUUGCUGGAUGUGGCACAGGAUACACUUUGAAUCACAAUACUGGAGAAUGUGAUGAUGAUGAUGAGUGUGCACUAGGCACUCAUGACUGUGAUCAGCUUGGGCCGAAGUAUGAAUGUUUCAACAUAAAGGGCUCAUUCCGUUGUGUAAAGAAGAUUUGCCCAAAUUUACAAGUUCUGAGCUUUAAUGGAACGUGUGUAGAUCUCACAUGCAAUCCUGGCUUUAAGCCUGUAAAUCAAGGCUGCAUCGAUAUUAAUGAGUGCGAGGAAAGAACAUCUCCUUGCCGCCGUAACGAAAGGUGCAUCAACACCCAUGGGUCCUACCGCUGCCGCCCACUUUUGAACUGUGGGGUUGGAUACCAAAUUAAUGAGAUCGGAAAUCAGUGUGUCGAUAUUGAUGAAUGUGCUGAUGGGACUCAUCAGUGUACAGGAAAUCAACUAUGUUCCAAUCGCCAGGGCAGCUACAUCUGUCAGUGUCCACCUGGCUUCAGACUCAAUAAUUUGCGACAGUGUCAGGAUGUAAACGAAUGUGAAUCUUACUUCGGAAAUAUAUGUUCAAAUACAGCAGUGUGUGAAAAUACAGAAGGUUCUUACCGCUGUAACUGUAAGAAAGGCUUCAAACACAAAGCAGAUGGACUUACUUGUGAAGAUGUGGAUGAAUGCAAUGAAGUGGAAGGAAUCUGUCAUCACAAUUGUAUCAAUGUUUGGGGGUCAUAUCAGUGUACUUGUCGGCCAGGAUUUACCAUUGCCCGGGAUAACAGGACAUGUACAGACAUAGAUGAAUGUUUGGAAUACCGUGGUCGAGGCCGGCUUUGUAUUGGUAUCUGUGUAAAUACCCCAGGGACAUUCAAGUGCUCUUGUCCUGAUGGUUAUCAGUUAGCAUCAGAUGGUCACACUUGCAAAGACAUUGAUGAAUGUGAAACUGAAUCACCUUGUCGAGGGGAAAAGGAAGUUUGUGUCAAUACACGUGGAGGCUACAAGUGCAAUGCAAUUGAGUGCCCUGACUCAUAUACUCAAGACUUGGAACAUAAGAACCGAUGCAAGAAGAUCCCAGUGUUUUGCAGAGAUGAUGAUGAGACAUGUCGCCGCCAGCCACUCAGCUACUCCUAUAACUUCUUGCCAUUAGUGAGCAAUUUGACUCUUCCGCCAUUGGGACAAGUAGAUCUCUUCACCAUGCGUGGUCCCCUUUGGUCAUAUACCACAGUGCAGUUUGACUUGGAGUUGGAGUCUGCCAGAGCACCUCUGGGGGUUGAAGCUGCCCAGAGGGAAUACUUCCAUUUAAAACGAACCUCCUAUAAUCAAGCAGUUAUCUCUCUUGUAAGACCCAUAACUGGCCCACAGGAAGUGCAACUAGCUCUAAAUAUGCAGCUUUAUCAUCAAGGGGCUUUUAGAGGAUCUGCUAUUGCAAAACUUCUUAUUUAUGUGUCUGAAUAUGAUUUCUAAUAUGUAAAGUAUAUUUAAAUAUGAAAUCUAAAAUCUUAAACAAUAUCUUUUUAGUUGGUGUUGUAAUACAAAAUGAAUAAUUAAAAAGAUAGAAAAAAAAACUAUAUUUUUUUAUUUAGGUAUAUACAAUAGUAUGUCAACAUCAGUAAUUAUUUAUAGUAACCUUUCAAAAAAUCAAAACCACAGAGACAAAACAUACUAUAAAAAUGAAUAUUCCCAUACUUAUAAGAUACUGUUUUUACAAUAAAUAAAAGAAUAGAUGUAUGAAAAAAUGUGUGCUGCCCCACUCCCUCACACACACUCACACAUACCAGGAAUAGACAUUCGAUUGGAUCUUGAAGGGUCAAGUGAAGAGAAUUGGUGACUAUUGAGAUUCAUGGUGGAAGGUGCUAUGUCAUAUUAUGUUUUAAAAACCAACCUAUAGCAUAUACAGGGUGGAAUAAUGGCCCGCCCUUGCUGCAAUAUCUUUUGUACUAAAUAUAUAUACUGAGGAGCUUGACAGAUGGAAGACUACUUCUGUCUGUAGAGGUCUGAUGCCAGAACCUGGUAUGGCCAUUUGAUGUGCCUGAAUAUACUAAAUUCUGAUCA